AUGGCUGCUCGUCCUUCCAACAUCGGUAUCAAAGCCAUCGAGCUUUACUUUCCCAGCCAGUGCGUUGACCAGGCUGAACUCGAGAAGUUCGAUGGCGUCUCUCAGGGCAAAUACACCAUUGGCCUCGGCCAGACCAAGAUGUCCUUCUGCGACGACCGUGAGGACAUCUACUCCCUCGCCCUGACCACCGUCACCUCGCUGUUCAAGAAGUACAACGUCGACCCCAAGAGCAUUGGUCGUCUCGAAGUCGGUACCGAGACUCUGCUCGACAAGUCCAAGUCUGUCAAGUCUGUUCUCAUGCAGCUUUUCGAAGAGUCUGGCAACUACAACAUUGAGGGUGUUGACACCGUCAACGCAUGCUACGGUGGAACCAACGCUCUCUUCAACUCUGUAAACUGGAUGGAGUCGUCGGCCUGGGACGGCCGCGACGCCGUUGUAGUUGCUGGAGACAUCGCGCUGUACAAGAAGGGCAAUGCUCGCCCGACUGGUGGCGCUGGAUGUGUUGCCAUGCUCAUUGGUCCUAACGCGCCCAUUGUCAUGGAUGCCGGCCAGCGUGGCUCCUACAUCAGGCACGCAUACGACUUCUACAAGCCCGACUUCACCAGCGAGUACCCUGUCGUCGACGGCCACUUCUCCGUUCGCUGCUACACCGAGGCUGUCGACGCCUGCUACAAGGCCUACAACGAGCGCGAGAAGACUCUCAAGUCGCAGCAAAAUGGAAACGGCGUCAACGGCAGCAGCAAGGAGCUCGAGACCGCUCUCGACCGCUUCGACUACAUGGCUUUCCACGCCCCUACUUGCAAGCUUGUAGCCAAGUCAUACGCACGUCUGCUCUACAACGACUUCCUCGCCAAUCCCGAGAACCCCAUCUUCGCCGAGGUCCCCGCUGAGCUCCGCGACAUGGACUACGCUACCUCCGUCUCAGACAAGACUGUAGAGAAGACCUUCAUGGGUCUCGCUAAGAAGCGCUACGCGUCUCGCGUCCAGCCCAGCAUCCAGGUCCCCACCCAGUGCGGUAACAUGUACUGUGGUAGUGUCUACGGUAGCUUGUGCAGCUUGCUUGCCAACAUCAGCAGCCAGGAUCUCGAGGGCAAGCGCAUCGGUAUGUUCAGCUACGGAAGUGGUCUGGCCUCCUCCUUGUUCUCCUUCACUGUCAAGGGCAACACCGAGAACAUUGCGAAGCAGCUUGACAUUCAGAACCGUCUCGAGAAGAGGCGUGUAGUCGCCCCUGAGGUCUACGACGAGAUGUGCAACCUCCGUGAGCAGGCUCACCUCCAGAAGGACUUCACUCCCAAGGGAAGCGUUGACACCAUUGUUCCCGGCACCUACUACCUUACCGGCAUCGACAGCAUGUUCCGCCGUUCCUACGAGGUCAAGCAGUAG